AUGGCUCUAUUCGAUGGAGCAUCGUUCUUCGGUCUUCAUCUGCUAUCCGACUUCAUCCACUGUCUCCGUCUAUUUAUCAGAGCACUCCGUUGGGUCAACAUACCUGAAACGACUUUCUCCACUGUCGAUACCGACACAGCGGAUAACCCUGUAUACCCUGAACCCUUGGUCAAGAUGGUCUUCCAACCUCCCUCAUGGGUCCCUGACAUCACCACUCAGAUUUCCCCCAGUGCAAAUGUCGCUGAAUGGGCACUCGAGAGCCGACGUGCCUCUGGUAGUGUUCGUUCGCCUUUCAUCUGCGCCUUGACGGGCAAGAAGUAUACCCUCAAGGAAGUCAGAGAAAAGGUGAACGCUUUGGCGAAAGCCUUGUGCAAUGAACUUGGAUGGUCACCGAAUCAGGGCACUGCUGAAGACAAGGUCAUUGGCGUUUUGGCUGUCAAUUCGCUUGACUUUCUCGUUGUUUGCUGGGCAAUUCAUCGCAUCGGUGGUAUUUGUCUACUUCUCCAGCCUACUACUUCACCCGUUGAGAUUUCAUCUCACAUGACCAAAGCCAAAUGCGACAUCCUCAUCACAUGCGAAGAGCUAUUACCCUCCUGCAAAGAAAUCUUGAACCGUCUUCCGAAAGCCCCCCGACGGAUCUUCUCCAUCAACACAAGCAACACUCAAUUGCCCAACUUUGAGGGAGAGAUCAAAUGCCUACCUCAACUCUACCAGGAGGGCAGUGAGCUCCCUGAGCUUGAGCAGCUUCAGCCUAGGGAUGCUCACACCACGGUUGCGUUCUACCUUACUACGAGUGGAACUUCAGGACCCCAGAAACUCGCCAUAAUUACGCAUGCUAACCUAAUCGCCAAUGUCACUCAAGCAGCCGUCUUUGAGAGCUCAGCUGGGUACAAACACCCUGAUAUCGGCCUCGGAGUACUGCCACUUAACCACGGUUACGGUCUCGUCACUACCCACGCUAUGUUUGUAAGAGGUGACUCGACUGUUCUUCAUCCGAACUUUAACAUGCAGCUGGUUCUCAAAUCGAUUCAAGAGCAUCGCAUUUCGCGUCUUUAUCUUGUCCCUCCCGUCAUUGCCGCGCUGGCAGCAAACCCAGUUCUCUUCGAGAUCUUUGAUCUCUCUUCGGUUCAAGAUGUUGUCCUUGGCGCUGCGGCAUGCAGUGAUAGUGUGACCAAGAAGAUGAAGUCUUUGAUGCCUAGCUGGAGCCUCCUGGUCGGAUACGGUUUAACUGAAUGUGUAUCCAUCGUGACGUUCAGCCGCGCGGCUGAUAUCAUGCCCGGGUCGAGCGGUUGUCUGUUCCCGUCUAACCAGGGCCGUCUCAUUGAUCAGGAAGGAAAAGAGAUCACCACAUAUGAUACUGCUGGAGAGCUCUACCUCAAGUCAGCUGCCAUGAUCCCAGGAUAUCUUGGUGAAGAUGAUGCGAUGAGGUCCAAGUUUACAGUUGAUGGAUGGUUGCCCACUGGCGAUAUUGGCUUCUUCAGAAGAAGCCCCCAUGGCGAUGACCAUCUUUAUCUGGUCGACCGACUCAAGGACAUGAUCAAGGUCAAGGGCCUACAAGUCAACCCCGCCGAGAUCGAGGAGCUCCUCCGAGUACAGCCUGGUAUUUCCGACGCCGCAGUCAUUGGCGUUGUAGACGAUGAAGCAGGUGAACGACCGCUUGCCUUUGUCGUACCAACCAAGCAGGAUAUGAGUGCCCAAGAGAAGAAGGAGCUCAUCUUGCAGUUAGAUGAGAGUAUCAAGGCCCAGCUUGAUGAGACGCACUGGCUGCGUAAGCAGAUCCGUUUCAUCGAGGAGCUUCCCCGAGGUCAGAGUGGCAAGGUAUUGAAGAAAGUUCUGAGAGAAAAGGCAAAGCAGAAGGAUCAGACACCUAUGAAUGGAGCCAAUGGGGCAAAUGGCAGCCCCCCGGUGAAGAGCAUCAAUGGAGCGAACGGAAUUCACGCACAAAGCGGGGCAAGCGAAGCAGCCCGAGUUUAA